UUCGGUGGCAUCUAGACAGAGCCCUGCAUGGAGCAGCCCUCUCGGUUCUGUUCCAGCAAGUGGUGAAAGUGAGCCCUGUCUUCCCACUGCACACAAAGGCAAGGAGCGCCUUAAAGGGACCUGCCAGCUUCUGCACGCAACUGCAAACCCCAGUCAGUGCCGGCUCAGCAGCCCCAGCUUUCGCCUAAGGAUGAGUGGGGAGGGGUCUCGAGACACCUCGGCAUCCUGAGAAGCCGGGAGAGAGGGAGCUGACAGGUGGAGUGGGUGCAGACCAUCCGUCCUGGGGGACCCGCUUGCAGCUAGCUGCGUCUUGGGAUGCUCCGCGCCAGUUGAGCCUCCUGCCUGUGGUCCAGAGGGUGCUGGAGGCGCAUCUUGCGGUAUGCCUGCGCUGGUUUGAGCCAGCGCCCAGAAGCCAGCCCGCCGCAUUCAGGCACCGCGGACUGGCUCCCGGCAGGGCUGUGUGCAGCCACCAUGAACGCUCAGCUCUAGGCUUCUGCACCAGCCUCCUGACCACAUGGAUCUGGCUGUUUAAUCAGCGGAGAUCACAGCAGGGCUGAUCUGCGCUCCAGCUGCUUCUGACAACUUCGGGCUUGGCUGUUUACUUCUGUGGGUCUCCGGGACUCCGCAGCCUCUAUGCCACUUUGCCCACUCUGAAGUCAGCCGCCAGGACCCCUCUGAAGCGUCCCCAGAAAGGGGAAGCAAGGAGGGGUUAAAAGACAGCAGAACCCCCAGCUGCCUGACCUCUGCUGACCGCCUGUGCCGUGGGGUUCUGAGAGGGGCCGUGCGCUGCCCGGGGAAGCAAUGCAAGUCUCCAUAGCCUGCACAGAGCACAAUUUGAAGAGUCGGAAUGGCGAGGACCGACUUCUGAGCAAGCAGAGCUCCACCGCCCCCAAUGUGGUGAACGCAGCCCGGGCCAAAUUCCGCACGGUCGCUAUCAUCGCUCGCAGCCUGGGGACCUUCAUCCCCCAGCAUCACAUUUCCCUCAAGGAGUCCACCGCCAAGCAGACGGGCAUGAAAUACAGGUUUCAUGCUGCUGGAAGGUACUGUGAAGGUUGUUUGGGGAGAGGAGUCAUUGACAGUCUUACCCAGCUGCGAACCCUGAGAGCUACAAUAGCCUGGCAAGGUAUGUUAUUGUAA